UAACCAGCAAGAUAGGGUCAGGGUCACCUCUGGGGGGUCCUUCUGGGCUCCAUGGGGUCUGUCCACUGUCCUCCUUCCCUGUCCUCCCCCAGGCGAGACCCAUGUGGCAGGGCAAGGGGCAGGGCCGGACAGGGCCCUGGUCAGCAGGCAGGUCCCGUGAGCCUUGCCAGGGAGACAAAGGCAGGGUCUCCUGUGGAAAUGGGAGUGGGUCAGGAGGACGGCAGCCGUGUGACCCUGCAGGGUGGUGGUCGUCCCGGAGGAUGGCUGGGGCUCCUCAGGCUGAGGUGCACUUCUAGGUCCUGAGGGCCAGCAGCAAGCCCGCAUCACCAGCCAGACAAGCUGGCCCUACCGGUACGGGCGAGGCUGGGAAACAAAGCCUCCUUGGGACACCGGCCCCCACCCCUGUUCAGGCCCUCCUCGACUUCCCGCAGCCUGCCAGCUCACCCUGGCCCCCAGACGGAGUCCUGACCCUCACCCAGCCAGGCCUGGCACCCCACCCUCAUUCAGCUGCCUGAAAACUGGCUCAGAGUCAUGUCGUCAGGCCAGCAGGUGUGGCAUACAGCCACGCCGGCCCCCGGUCGGCCCAGCCCUACAGCCACGGUGCCCAGGUCCCCCAGCACCCCCGGCUCAGAGAAGGUGGCCUCCCCACUGGAGUGCUCCAUCUGCUUCUCAGGCUAUGACAACAUCUUCAAGACGCCCAAGGAGCUCUCCUGCACACACGUCUUCUGCCUGGAGUGCCUGGCACGGCUGGCGGCCGCCCAGCCAACAGGCCGGCCCGGCAGCGAGGCUGUGCCUUGCCCGUUCUGCCGGAAGCCCACGGCUGUGCCGGCUGCCGGGGCCCCCGCCCUGCGCACCAGCCGCCAGCUGCAGGCCAGGAUGCCGGCACACCUGCGUCGGGAGGAGCCCGUGUGGCUGGAGGGCACUAAGCUGUGCUGCCGCCCGCCGCCCUCCACACCCGGCCUUCCAGCGCCUGGCUUCGUGUGUGUGGAUGUGGGCCUGAGCAAGCCUGCGGAGCCCACUGCACCCACACCCGCCCCGCGCCCUGCCCGCCGCCAGGGCCGUCUGGCCCGCUGCUGGGCGCGCUGCAGGGACUGGAGGCGCGUGGCGCUGGUCACGGCCCUGCUACUGGUGCUCUCCUGUGUGGUGCUCUGGCCCGUGCAGUGCGCGCUGAAGACUGGGAACCUGCACUGCGUCCCCCCGCCCUCUGCCACCAUCACCAGCGCCGCUGCCUUCUCUCCUGGGCCCUUGGCCGACCGCUAGGCUCAGUCACCCCUGCCCCAGCUCCAGGUGUGGGUCCCUGGCCCACAGUUUGGGUCACAGGUGUGGCAACCCCAGAGGGGCCCCAACAUCUCUGAGGACCCCAUAUACCCAUUCAGCUAGCCUUCCCCCUACUCUGGGGGGCUGGAUCCUGAUGGCACGGACAGAAGGGUCCCUGAAGCUUCCAAGAAUCACAGGCUCCCAUGGGUCCCAGAGACCACCUCCCUAACCCCCCAUCACGGAGAGACAGCCCUGAUGAGGCCCCCUCUGUAUUCACUGUGAAUUACCUGCAUUAGCAGCCCUUUGCUGGGAAGGGAUGGCACUCACCAUCUUUAUUUUAUUUUCACAUUUCACCCACGGCUCCUUCCCCAGGCAGGGCUGGCCCCUUCCAUCGGGUCGGGGUGCUAAUCCUGCCCUCUGACUAGGGGGACAAAGGGCAGCAGCAGGAGGCCCAGUCCUCCAGUGCCCAGCCUGAGCUGCACAUUUUAAAAUAAAUUCUUUUGUAGCCACA